AUGCCAAUCACGUCCCGUCCAUCUCUGUGGCGAUCCUCCGAUGCAGAGAGCCGGGAAUGGACUCAGUUGAACGAAGCAUGCGGAGUGAAGGACGGAGGUCGGCAGUCCCCCAUCGCCCUGGAGUCGGAGAAUUUCUCCAAUUUCUUCCUUUCCCACGAUCCUCUCCACUACUUCAAUUACUAUUAUUUCGAUUCCUUUGGUCCAGCGAAGUACGUCGUUCGCAACACCGGCACAACUGUGAUGUUUACCCCGGAAGGAGGGAAGAUCCCUCAGCUGACAGGGAAUGGCCUGAGUGGCAGGUACAUACUGGCCCAAUUCCACUUCCAUUGGGGCAGCGAUGCCAGCAAGGGUUCCGAGCACACCAUCGACGGCGAGAGGUUUCCGUUGGAGAUGCACAUGGUGUUCUACAAUGCGGAAUUUUCUUCCCUCACCCAAGCCGUGGAAAGUCGGAGAUUCGACGCCAUCACGAUGGCGGAGAAAGAGGCAGAGGGGAAAGCGUGGAGGAAGUUGGAGGAAGGACUAAGAAGAGUGAAAGAACCUGGAGAGGCCCAGAUCUCAGGCUUCCCCUUGAGAUGGCUCAUACCCAAGUACGUGGCGAGUGGUCCCUUCUUCCGAUACGAUGGAUCCUUGACCACUCCCCCUUGCUCAGAGAACGUCCGAUUUACCGUCUUCAAGACCACGGCUCCUAUCUCCGCUAGAACCAUGCGGAGAUUCCGGAAACUGAGCAACAAGGAAGGCCGGUCGUUAGUGGACAACUUUCGAAACCUUCAGCCCUCUAAUGGAAGGAUAAUCGUGGAAACAUCCCAGAAGUACGGCAAGGGAGACGAGGACGACGAGGACAGAAGCGAAAACAGCUCUUCGUCAGAGAAUCUCGGAGCGGCCGUUUUCAACUUUUCGUGAGCUGUCUCCUUCGCGAGCAUCCGUCUUCCAUCUUCCAUCUUCCAUCAAUAAAGUGUGAUACCUCCCGCU